UAGGUUGCAAUCAAGUUUUCUUCUAUCAAGUGUUUAUUGAUUGGAUGCGACCAUAGGCAUACUGGGAUGUUCAGCUAAGCGAGGAACCAAGAACAUCGUCUGAUUCGCUUCCACCUUAUGAAGCCGAAGACCAAUUACCCCCUGCAUAUUCAAGUCAGAACCGGCAUCCUCCGUCUAAAUAUCUCUGUCUUUGCGGUAUACGUACGCUACCAUGCUUCGUAUUCAUUUCGUACUUUCAUCUUCUGUUUUAGUGUGUCCUCUUCUCUGGAUCAUCGGGGCCCUCGUCCUAUGGUUUCCAUUACGACAUGUGUUUCCUUUUCUAUUUUCCUUACGACGACAAAAUACCGAUGAUAAUGUAUCGAGGAGAGUACGAAGAAACGAGGUGCAAUGGGCUAGUGUUUGUUUAACUCUAACCGGUGUUUUCCUUUUCAUUGGAACAUU